CACGAGGCUAGUUUUGUCUAUACCUUGCCGAGCGCACGAGUGCACGCGAAUUUUUUUCUUUCUUGUGUAUUUUUUUUUAUUUCCUUCAUUGUGAUUUAUUUGUGUAUCAUCUCGCAACGAUAAAGUACAAAUUAAUAUUUUUUUAUUAAUUCUAUUUUUGGAAAGAAUUUUAAAAAUAAGACAAUGUGUGGUUCAUCGGUGGACGAUGGGCUUAAAAAGCAACAGCAUGAGCUGAUAUUAUUUAAUGUCACAUACGAGAAUUUUAAAAUUAGUUAUAGUUUUAUGGUUAAAGUCGUCAAAUUUAGUUAUAUGUGGACGAUAAACAAUUUUAGUUUUUGUCGAGAGGAGAUGGGCGAAGUAUUAAAAUCAUCCACAUUCUCAGCUGGAGCAAAUGACAAACUUAAAUGGUGUUUGCGAGUGAAUCCAAAAGGCCUCGACGAGGAAAGUAAAGACUAUCUGUCACUGUAUUUGCUCCUUGUAUCCUGCAAUAAAUCGGAAGUUCGAGCCAAAUUCAAAUUCUCAAUACUGAAUGCCAAGCGCGAAGAGACCAAAGCAAUGGAAUCACAACGUGCAUAUCGCUUCGUACAAGGAAAAGAUUGGGGCUUCAAAAAGUUCAUUCGACGUGAUUUUCUACUAGAUGAAGCAAAUGGACUUUUACCCGAGGACAAAUUAACAAUUUUCUGUGAGGUCAGUGUUGUGGCUGACAGCGUUAAUAUAUCAGGACAAAGUAAUAUAAUUCAAUUCAAAGUGCCAGAAUGUAAGCUGUCAGAAGAUUUGGGCAAUUUAUUUGAUAAUGAGAAAUUUAGUGAUGUGACAUUAUCGGUUGGCGGACGAGAGUUUCAGGCACAUAAAGCCAUUCUUGCUGCACGAAGUCCUGUCUUUGCCGCCAUGUUUGAGCACGAAAUGGAAGAACGAAAACAGAAUCGCGUCGCAAUCACCGAUGUAGAUCAUGAAGUACUCAAAGAAAUGCUUCGAUUCAUAUACACUGGAAAGGCACCAAACUUGGAAAAAAUGGCUGAUGAUUUACUAGCAGCAGCUGAUAAGUAUGCUCUUGAGAAACUCAAAGUGAUGUGCGAGGAGGCAUUGUGUGUGAAUUUAUCAGUGGAGACAGCAGCCGAGACAUUAAUACUUGCGGACCUUCAUAGUGCGGAUCAAUUAAAAGCACAAACAAUCGAUUUUAUUAACACCAGUCAUGCAACAGACGUAAUGGAGACCGUUGGCUGGAAAAAUAUGGUAACAACUCAUCCGCACCUUAUAAACGAGGCGUUUCGUGCCCUAGCAACGCAACAAAUACCACCUAUCGGACCACCACGCAAACGUGUAAAAAUGAGCUGAAAUAAAGCGUUGACAUCAUUGACCGUGAUGUCAGCAUCAUCCUCAUUAUCAUCGUCAUUAGUAGCCCAUUCAUCUCAUUAUACACCAACUUCCCAAUCAGGAUCACCAUCAUUAACAUCAUUGCUGCAUCAGAAAUUGACAACUAAUAAUUCUAUAAAUGAUACAAACACAACAAAUACACUUGAGGCUGCCGUCGCAUCAGCUGUGAAUCGUUAUUUAACCGCAUCGAUUAAAAACAAUCAACUAAAGCGUCAGCAUCAACAUAAUGAUGAGAAUAUCAUUUCAAUCGAUGGAAAAUCGCGUUUAUUAAAUACAAUUUAAGUUAAAUAAAGAAAAAGAAGAGGAUUAAGAAGAUUUUCACGUAUGUAAAAGCGACUUUAUUUGUUGUUUUGUGUUGCAUUGAUCUCGUGUUGCAGCAAACCUUUUUUUUUUGGAUAAUUUAUCGUCUUUUCUGUUAGCUUUUUAAUUUUUUUCUUUUACAUAAUACAAUCCCUUCCCAAUUUCCGACAAAAGAGAAAAAAAUCCGCAGAAAUAAUGUUUGGGAAACUGUGGUUGUCAAUGGUGAUCUUAAUGAUGACUUUACUGAGGUUAUCCAUAAAGCACAUAAUGUGCUAGGGUACCUGAAAGGCUGUAAGGAUGCCACUGUGAAAUCACAUCCCCAAAAUAACCUUUUCAUUAAGUGUUAAGAGUCAGUUUACAAGCAAACACACAAAUUUGUAAUAAUAAUUAUAAUGUUAAAGAUACAAAAAGAUACCAAUCGAGUCAUAAAUUUAAAAGAAAAGAAAAAAAAAACAUAAUUAAUUAGAGAAAAAAUUGGGAAGUCAAACAAAGCGAAAGGAAAGAAGAAGAAUAUUGAAUUUGAUUGAGGAAUUGAGGGGGUUUUGUUCACAAGUGAUUAAAGUUGGUGGAUUUUGGACACAUACUCCUUUGUGUUAUUCUAUGUAGAAUUUGGAAUCUAAAGGAUAUCAUGAGGGGUGUAUUUAGGAAUUUUAUAAGGGAUUUCAGAUAAGUUUCUACACUAAAAUGAGAUUUAUUAUCCAGAUGAUCGUUCAAAUUUGGGAUCAAAUUUCUAUUAAACAGGGAUCCUUAUGAUAGGCUGUAGCUAGAAUUCUUUAAGGGGUUUCAAAGUUGUUGUAAAAAAACUUCAAUCUCGAUAAAAUUUUUUGACCUCUUUGGAUUCAAUUAGAUGUGAUGUCGAUGAUCCUAUUUAGGUUGGGUCAUAAACAAUCAAUCCUAGCAGAUCCUAGCAUUUCUAGAUUCAUAUUAAUGAACAUAAGUGCUGUUAGAGGAUAUCUUUGAAAACAUGUCAAAAUUCUUUUGUUGGUAACGUUUUUAAGCUUCUUAGGUUGGAUACCUACUCUCCUAUGACGUCAUAAAGUGAACAAACCCCCUCAAAUAAAAAAGGUCAUAUAAAAAUAAUUGAAUUUAAGGAAACAAUUUUUAAAACAAAAAAUAAAGUGAUAAAUGAUGUGAAGUAUCAGAAUUAUAAGAAUUAAAAAUUGAUAACAAAAAAAUUCCUUCUCGAAAGAAAUUGAAAACCACAACAAAACAUGAAAUGAAUUAUUGCAUUAUGCCGAGAGAUGAUUUAAAGAAUAAUAAAUAAAAUUGAAUUAGAGGACGAAGAAAUUUUUUUUAGAAUGAUAAGGACAGAUUUUAAGGAACUAUGAUGAAAAAUAAAAUUUAAUUGCUAGAGAAACCUUUUUUAGAUGUUUAAAAAGUAGUGACGAUGUGAAAAAAAAGGAAAAUUUCAAGAAAAAAAAAAUUGAAAAAAUAUCAAAAUAAAAAAUGCUUUUUUUGGUGAACUAUAAAAAAAACUUUUCUUAUCUUUUUGUGAACGCUUUGGAAUUUAACAUAAAUUUAAUGGAUUUUCAUGACAAAACUUUGUUUUGAUUGCUCGCUUUUGAUGGUCUUUUAAUUCUUCGCAAAUAAGCAGUUCUUCUUUCAUAAAUCAAAGUUGAUUGUGAGCUUUUCCGUAGAAUUCGUUACUUCUUUACAUUCGCGUCUAUAUUAAGCUAUUUGGGAUAUGUUUGUCAUCAGGGUUGAUUUGUAGAUUGGGUUUUGCAUUGUUGAUGGUUUAUUGGUCUUGAAGAUAUUCGAUUCAUAGGUUUUGGGAACUCAUGUUCUAGUUCUAUUGACAGCCGAACAUAAUGUCAAGUUGAGGAUACUCGAAUCUGUCCAACUAGUUUAUUCCCAAAAACGUGAUUUCAAUUCCAGAUUUAAGAUGUCUAAAAUGCUUCAAUAAGCAUAGCAGUCAAAUUGAACCAAACAAUUCAAAACCCAAAUCCACAGACAAUCUUUAAGUCCACAAACUCCUCCAAAAACCUGAAAAUUCAUUAAAUUUCAAAUCAAAAACUUUUUAUCACGAAACAAACUUUUACCAAAAAGGCAAAGAAAUCCUUUGAAAAAUGUGAUCAAAAACAAAUUGAAAAUUUUCCUUUUUUGCUGUAAUUUGACAAGGAUGAGAACAUUUAGCUUUGAGUCGGAAUUAAUCUUUACAUCUGACAGUUUAUUUUUUAUGUUAUUUGACUAUUAUUUUUUUUUUGUCAAUAAUUUAGGAGCUUCUUCAUCAAAUUGUAGCUAAAUUUUUUAUAUUUUAAUUUUCGAGCGACACAAGGGCUGCUUUAUGGCUGCUUCUUAACUAUUUUAUGUCGCUCAGGUUAUGGCAUUCAAUUGACUCAACUAAG